ACAAGCAAAAUCACAUUUUUAUAACAAAAGUAGAAUUCCAGGAAUAAUCGUGUUGAUGGCACACACAUUAAAAUUGUCGCACCUAGGAAGGAACUGCAGCAUUUGUAUUAUAACAGAAAGGGAUUCUUCAGCAUUAAUGCUAUGGUUGUUAGUGUCUGUGAUCAUACAAUGAAAAUACGAUACAUAAAUGCCAAAAAUCCGGGAGCGACACAUGAUUCUAUGGUUUUUAAUAUGUCGUCACUGAAAAUACAUUUAGAGCAGCAACAUCUUAAUGGUCUUCGAAAUACUUGGCUACUUGGUGAUGCUGGAUACGCUCUGAAACCUUACUUAAUGACGCCGUUCAGAAAUUCUGAGUAAGGAUCUCUACAAAGGGCAUAUAACAAACAACAUGCCAAAGGAGGAAGUAUCAUUGAGCGAACAAUUGGAGUUUUGAAGAAUAGGUUUAGAUGUUUGUUGCAGGCAGGUGAAGAGCUCCACUAUAUUCCAAAAAAAGCAACACAAAUUAUAAAUGUGUGUGCAGCUUUGCACAACAUUUGCUUGUUUUAUAAUGUACAAAUCCCCGAUGAGGAGGAGUUUUCAAAUGUGACUUAUGACGAUGAUGUCGGAGACGUUGAAGUGGAACCUGUUGACAACUCACAAGCAGAAGACAUAAGAAAUGAAAUUUUAAGAACAUUAUAGAAAGCAUGAUUAAAAAAUAUUAAA